GAUGUGUCAGCAUCAAGCGAGCGGCCAAUGGGAGGGCGUUUUGGCCGUGACGUCAGGGGGGCUGGUCGUGCGCGUGGAGAGCUCCAGUCAGUCCCGCGAGCUCAGUCAGUCAGUCAGUGCGUGCAGCUGACUCCGCGCGUUCAAUGGACUAGGUUCCCAGCCACGUAAGUAAGUAAGAAGAAGAAGAUGAUGAUGAUAAUGGUGUCUUGUUGCUGAAACAAGGGAUAGGCCCGGGGAGAACGUCGGCCGUCCCCUCUUGCCUUUGUCCAAAUCAGAUCCAAGCGCCGGAGAUCGUCGGAGUGUGGUUGCUCGCGAAGAGGAGGACAUCGACUUCCCAGGCGUAACAAAAGGCGGCUCGCGACCUGGAGGAUAUUUUUCCUAGCCAUAUUUGGUAGAUGCAUGGACAGGCUUCGCGUGGAGACCCACUCGAAUGAACACGGAGCGCCCUCUCAGGAUAUCUAAACCGAGCCGGAACUCUUUCCUUUUAAUUUAAUGCAAAAAAAAAAAAAACAUUCUUUACCUGCUGCGCUGCAUCGACCGUGACGUCACAGCCUUUACAUUACACCGCGCCGAUUCACGCGUUUUGGGCUCUUGCAACCAAACGGUGCUGUUCUUUCAGGGCACGCUGAGCAUAGAGGUCACAAUUCGUGCAUGCACGUCAUUGCAUGUGUGCUCAAAUGACGCCACAUUGUCAGUGCAAUUAACGCACAUGCAUAAGAUCAUCAUUACAGUCAAGGGGAAUCGCUGCUGCCUUCAUGCCCAGUGUUAAAUAGAGGGCAUCUGUCUGUCAUUCACUUCCACCCCCCUCCUCCAAGACCGUCUGAACCCUCCUGAUCUGGACGAACCUCCUCCUAUACUCAUGAACAUACAGAGAUCCAGUCCCAUUAACAUUUCGCGUUAUGGGAGAUCGAGGCACAAAGCACACGACUUUGAGGAGCUAUCUUGUCUAAGGACUACAGAAUCCAACCAGAGUUUCAGUCCCAAUUUAGGAUCUCCCAGCCCCCCUGAGACCCCUGACUCCUCUCACUGCAUUUCUUGCAUUGGAAAUUACCUUUUGUUGGAGCCCAUUGAGGGAGACCACGUUUUCAGAGCCACCCACCUGCACAGUGGGGAAGAGCUCGUGUGCAAGGUGUUUGAUAUCAGUCGAUACCAGGAGUCCUUGGCUGCUUACUUCGUGCUGGGCACCCAUGAGAACAUUAACCAGGUAGUGGAGAUUCUUCUGGGGGAUACGCGAGCGUACGUGUUCUUCGAGAGGAGCCAUGGCGACAUGCACUCUUUCGUUCGCACUUGCAAGAAGCUACGAGAGGAAGAGGCUGCCAGACUUUUCCAUCAGAUAGCAUCAGCUGUGGCGCACUGCCACGACAACGGCCUGGUCCUCAGAGACCUCAAGCUGAGGAAAUUCGUCUUUAAGAGCGAGGACAGGAACCUUGUAAAGUUGGAGAGUUUGGAGGAUACGUACCUCCUAGAAGGAGGUGAUGAUUCGCUCUCGGACAAACAUGGCUGUCCAGCCUACGUCAGCCCGGAAAUCCUCAAUGCAAAUGGCAGCUAUUCUGGUAAGGCAGCAGACGUCUGGAGCUUAGGCGUGAUGCUCUACACCAUCCUGGUGGGCCGCUACCCAUUCCACGACGUGGAACCCAGCUCGCUGUUCAGCAAGAUCCGCCGCGGCCAGUUCAGCAUCCCCGAGACGCUAACGCCCAAAGCCCGAUGCCUCAUCCGUAGCAUCCUGCGGCGAGAACCGGCCGAACGCCUCACCUCCCGAGAGAUCCUGGACCAUCCCUGGUUCUCGGCCUCUGGGGGUUCGGCGGCCGCCGCCAGCCACGGGAGAGGCGAGCGAGAGUUGGACCAAAUGGUGCCAGAGGCCAACAUGGAAGAAGAACUAGAACAGUUCUUUAGCUGAGCACAAACUCGUCAGACAUUAUGCCACGUCCUUUUAGAUUAUCAGAAAAAAAGAAAUACACUCAUUAAAAAUGGUGUCUAUCAUUAUUUCUCAUUCCUUAAAUAGACAUGGUCGGUUCUGGCUUGGGUGGAAAGGACUUCUUCCUAAGCUAAGACUUCUGGACGAAGCGCGUCGAGUGAUGUAGCAAGACUUAUUUUGUUUUUUCCUUUAUUUCCGUUCGUUUUUGUCUUCAUUUUACAUGGUGCUCACGAGGCGUAUGAGUCACAGUAAGCUACAAACAUGCAUUACUGCACAGGAGAAUGCAGCCAAGGAACAAAGAAAAUAUCAGGCAAAACUGCUCAACCUCUCCUGUUUCCAGCUCUGAUUUGUUGACCAUGUUUCAGUUACUUGUUUUCCUUGAAUGCAAAUUGUUGGUUGCGUCUCAAUCUGAUCCUCGGUUUAUUUUAAGUAUAGCGUUUCGACAGACCCUCCAGGUCAAUACUGCGAAGACCAUGUCAUUUUAUUUGUGUUUUGAUUCAUUUCGGCUGCAUUAAGAACUAUUUGUGUUGCAUUAAGCUGUUCCUUUUACUAUUAUUGCUGCUUUUUUCGCUCUAACCAUAACUGAAACUUUCCGUGAGUCUUCAGAGAAUAAAAACGUCAAGCACUUGACUCGCCUAGGCUUGGAGAUCUUCUCUGGACUAGUGUCAUCUAUUUAACUUUUAGUUUUUCUUUUGCUGGAGCAAAAUGUAUCUUUUUUUUUAUUUUAUUUUUUUAUUUAUAAGGUAACUACUACUAUAUUUAAAGAGAAAUAUGUGCAGGGUUUUUCGUUGUUUUUUUUAACCGCCAGUUUUCACGAAUAUUGUAGGCAAUGCAUUUGACACAGGACAGGUUUGACUUUUUGUAUCAAAGUUUGUCCCAAGUUGGAAGGUCUACGAUUUAACGUCAGUGCCAGUAAUCGCGCACCCCAAACGCACGCUGACCGUACUCAUUUUUCUUUAAUUUAGUUUUUUGCAUUUGACUCCAUAAAUAUUAGACGAUAUUUCUACGACUACACCGUCUCGAGUACCUCAUGUUAACUCUACUGCCUGCAUAGGUCUGUGAAAUGAUCAUGUUUUGAAUGGGUACAUGUAGACAUGUUUCGUCGUAUAUCAAUGUUACUUGAAAUCGUGAUUUAUAUCUAGUCAAUGGCAUGUGCCCUAUGAAUGCUUUAGCCUGCCUAGCAAGAGGGGAGUUCAUUUUUUCAGUUUCGUUUUCUUAAAGAAGAAUCUUACGAAGGAUUUACUAGGAGUCCAAUUGCGCUUAAGAGUUUCUUUUUUAUUUUAUUUUUUCCUCUGGUCAUUGUGCUUUCACUCGUUUUGUAGAAGGAACUUGCCUACCUAAGUUGGUGCUGAUUAGGUGCUAAUUUUGAAGGAUGUUUUUUUUUUUUUAGUUCGUUCAUUUUUUUUCCCUCAUGUUUUCAAGGGGAGGGGGGAGUGCAUGGUGGGAUAUCUGCCUCAGAUGCUCUGAUUGUAAUGUAACAGAUUUUUGGUGUUUUGUCCAGAUUUAUUCAGUAAAUAAAUUGUGAACUGCAC